UGCAGCUCGAGGAUUUUUGCCGGAGUGAAGUGCCGUGGAAUUUAGGACCGUACGCCUGCCCAGUUCGGAACAAGAUGGCUGAGACGACGACCAAGACCACAAAGACGGUCACCGUCGAGAAGAGAGGAGGCUUCCACGACGACUCCUUCUUCAAGGACUCGUGGGACUCGUGGGAUCAAGCCAUGCGUGACGUGGUCCAGAAAUGGGACACGGACGCGCCCUCCAGCAACCUAAGCAACACCAAGCGCACGACCACAACAUCGACCGUGUCUUGCGCGCCUGCCACCGAAACCAGGAACAUUUACCGCCAAAUUAGAUCUUCAAACGUCACCUCUGACGAGUCGCAGGCUGUCUCUUGCACCGAGGAAGACGAUAAAUUCAAGAUGGUGAUUGACGUGAAGGACUUCAAGCCCGAAGACAUCAACGUAAAGGUGGUCGAUGACAAAAUUGUCGUAGAGGGAAAGAUCGAGAAAAAAGAAGGCACGUCGGUGUCGACCCAGCAGUUCGUACGACGCUUUCUUCUGCCAUCGAACGUCGACUUCGCCAGGAUCAGCUCUGCUCUCUCCAAAGACGGCGUGCUGAAGAUAAACGCCCCCAAACUGGCUAACUCUCGUCCUGCCAUAACCACCACAACGCGCACCACCCUUUCCUCCGUCCCCUUGAGCCCCACCACAACUCGCGAGGUCACCACCUUCACCACGAGUGUGCCAGACCGUCGAGGCCUCGUAUCCACACAACGCGACGACUGGUCUUCAUCUUUCGACGACAUGGUAGAGAAAUCACAACGCGAGAUGCAGGACAUGAUGAGCCGACACACCCUCCACACGAGCGUCGAUGCUCCCGCCCCAGCUACGAGCACACCUACCAGCAUCGUGGUGGCUCCACCUAGGGGCGCUGUGACCACAAAGGACAUCAUCCGCAAAGGCGACACCGUGACUGAACGAGAGGAGAAGAGAUGGGAGGAUUCCCCGGCCCCCGGUGUCAAGCGCCAGCACCACGCGGUCACUGAGGUGUCCACGCUUAAAGGCCAUGACGGCACAGUCUUGGGUAACCAGGAACGUCGCAAACAAGAGAGUGAGGCCGCUGGAGGAUACGAGGAAAUCCUUCCUGACGGUACCAAACGCAAGACCUUCACCAAGAACUAUGAGACACGCCAGGUCUUUACCUCAUCCAGCAGUCAUCCUAAGGCCCUCUAACUUAUUUAUUCAACAGAGUGAUCAAUUGAAGCCUUUCAUUAUAAACUUGAACAGCUGACCUACUAGAUUUGAAAAAUCACAUCAUAUCUGUUAACCUAUAUCAUGACUUUUGGAAGAUGCACCUAUUUAGAAUUUAAGAUGCAACUCAAGCUGCACUGUUUGACAGCGAACAUGACGAAACAGUUCACUAUUUAUUAGCCUAAAAUAAUGUUAGCUAAUUAGAUAAUUGCAAUUGAAAUAUAGGUUUGACUGAAAUUUUGGUUUGUGGUUAGUACUCGGUCACAAAUGUGACAGAGCUCCCAUACCAGAUUAUCGAGUGGAAAAAAAUUGUAUCUUACUAUUUUUGUAAAAAUAUAAUGGUAUUGAAAUCUUACUUUUUC